UCGUUUCAAUCCUCUCCCGUAUUCCACCAUGUCUGGACGUGGUAAAGGCGGCAAAGGACUCGGGAAAGGCGGCGCCAAGCGACACCGCAAGGUCCUGCGAGAUAACAUCCAGGGCAUUACCAAGCCUGCCAUCCGGCGCUUGGCUCGGCGCGGCGGCGUCAAGCGCAUCUCCGGGCUCAUCUACGAGGAGACUCGCGGUGUCCUCAAAGUGUUCCUGGAGAACGUGAUCCGGGACGCCGUCACCUACACCGAGCACGCCAAGCGCAAGACAGUCACGGCUAUGGAUGUGGUCUACGCGCUCAAGCGCCAGGGCCGUACUCUUUAUGGCUUCGGCGGCUAAGUGCCACCACCGGCUUCAGACCUUCGG